AUGAGAGAGAAGAAGACCCAUCUUCAUUUCUUUCUCCAUGACAUAAUUAGUGGUAGCAAACCAAGUGCGGUCACGGUGGCCCAUGCCAACCUCACAGAAACUGAUCACAACCACCCAACAGGGCCAACUCCCUUUGGCACCACAAUCGUCAUCGACGAUCCUCUGACAGUCGGCCCCGAGCCGAAGUCGAAGGUCAUCGGAAAUGCUCGUGGCCUGUACGUGUCAUCCAGUCAAGACAAAGACUUAAUGAUUGUAAUGUACGUUGAUUUUGGUUUCACCGCCGGUAGGUUUAACGGAAGCUCCAUCAGUGUGCUUUCGAGGAAUCCGGUGAUGGAGCCGCGGCGGGAGGUUGCGGUGGUGGGAGGGAGAGGGAAGUUCAGGAUGGCAAGAGGGUUUGCUAAGCUUAAGACUAGUUACUUCAAUUCUAUUAAUGGCGAUGCUGUUAUUGAGUAUAAGGAUGGUUAUGGGUUAAACAUUGAGGUAAUGGAUUUGCCGAUGGGUUGGGUUAGCUCGUCCGACCAGGAUUCAUGGAUUGUACGUUGGUUUUAA